AUGAGAUUCUACUCCAUCUUCCUCUCAGCCCUGGCGGCAUCGACAUCUCUUUGUGAGGUCGUCGAUCGCCAGCCCCUCACCUUUGCUCCGAUUCCUGAAGAUAUCUAUGUUGCCCCAGCAUCGGACACUAUUUUGGAAUUCAUCCAAUCGCGAGAGGACCUGUCCAUUCUAUCGUCAACACUCGAUCAACUAGGAGGGUUUGUGCAAGCCCUCAACACCUCGGCAACAUGGCAAUACACCUUUUUCGCGCCAUCGAACAAGGCCUUCAACAACACUGGAGAGUACUUUGAGACUUUUGCGAAGACGGCCAAGGGGAAGUGGUGGCUAGGAAAUCUGAUCCAACACCACUACGUCCCAAACGCAAAGCUCAAGACCUCCGACUUCAACUCUACCACUAUCCGACUUCAGACCAGCACGUACCUAUACGUGAGUGCGAAGACGGUUGGUGAGGACUUGCUGCUCAACAGUGCUGCCACAGUCACGGAAGGAAACCUCCCCGUUACUAAUGGCAUUAACUCUCCCCAGGGCAUCGUUCACAUUAUUGACCGUAUUUUGGAUCCAUCUGCUCAGAUUUUCGAGUCAGAUUUGCCGCAGGUAAAGCAAGGGUUUAUUCCUGGCAGUUGCUCAAACCCACUGCUGCCUUACUGUUGA